AUGGGAGAUCCAAAGUCAAAACAAUUCGAAAACAUUUAUUACGGACUUUCAAAUUACCCCGGUAUUCUCAAACUUGCACCUAGUGGGUUAGGUUGGAAAACUGCGGAUUCGGAAAACAUAGUAACAAUUUCUGCUGAUGAGUUUAAAAAAAUUCAAUGGAUGCGUGUGGCAAGGGAUUAUCAAUUAAAGGUUGCAUUAAAGAAUGGAAGUGCAGCUAGAUUUGAUGGAUUUGUUAAAGAUAAUUUUGAAAGUUUGAGAGAAAUUAUUCGGACAAAUUAUAAGUUAAAUUUAGAAACUAAAGAAUUAAGUGUUAGGGGAUGGAAUUGGGGAAAAACAGAUUUUCAAGUUUCGAAUACUAAUCUUCAAAAUAAAGUUGAAGUGAGUCUUGAAUUUAUGCAACCAGAACAAUUAGGAGAAGAUGCUAAGGUUAGAAGUAGAAAAGCUCCAGUACAUGAAUUAGUUGAAAUGAGAUUUUAUGUUCCGGGAAGUACAGUUUUAUUUUUCGAAACGGUAAAAGAAAAAGCCGAUCUUACUCAAGUUUCUGGAGAAGGAAUUGUAUUAUUCCAAGAUGUUUUAUUACUGACACCACGUGGUCGAUACGAUAUCGAGAUGUUUCCAACAUUCUUUCGAUUACGAGGUAAAACAUAUGAUUAUAAAAUUCAGCAGACAAGUGUCGUUAGUUUAUUUUUAUUACCGAAACUCGAUGAUCUUCAUGAAAUGUUUGUUGGUCAGACACUAUACCAUUUUCUAGUUUUACAGUUUAAAAAAGAAGAGGAGAGAGAAUUUCAAUUAAAUCUUGAUGAUGAAACAGUACAGAAAGAAUAUGGGGGAAAACUCGAACUUCAAUAUGAAGCACCAGUAUUUGAAGUAUUUAGUACAGUCUUUCAUGUAUUAACCAAAAAGAAAAUAAUCCGACCUUCAGGCUUUCAAAGUCAACAUGAUGAAGUAGCAGUAAAAUGUUCUUUAAAAGCCAAUGAAGGUUAUUUAUAUCCACUUGAAAAAUGUUUCUUGUUUAUUCCUAAGCCACCAACUUUAAUAAAGACAUCGGAUAUUGAAAAAGUUAUAUUUUCCAGAGUGUCGAUGGUAGCUGGUAAAACAGCACAUCUUACUUCAGCUCGAACAUUUGAUGUAAAAUUUAGUAUGAAAAGUGGCUUGGAAUAUCAAUUUUCUAUAUUAGAUGAUUAUGCAGAUGUUUUCAGUAAUAACUCUGAUGAUGAACCUCAUCAAGAUGGAAGAAUAGUUGCAGAAGAUUCCGAUACUGAUAGUGACUCAGAUGUUGCAGAAGAAUAUGAUGAAAAUUAUGCAGGAAUUGGAUCAUCGACAGAUGGAGAAGAUAAAGGGGUACCUAAGAAAAAAGUCAAAAUUUCAAAAACAAAGAAACCCAAAUCAUAA